AUGGCUUGCCGCCCUUGGCCCGUUUCGCUCGUGGCAUUUCUGCUGUCAUCGUGCUUACACUGCUGUGAGAGUGUUCUGAUAGAAGGCCACUCAGCUUCAGUCCGAACUGGUUUGAAGUCUUCCCACUCCGUGGUGCUCAAGCGUGCCAACCACACAGUGGCGCAGAAGUUGAGUAGGGCCAGUAGAUUGCAGGCAUUUAGCAGUGUGGAUGCGUUAAGCUCGGUGGUGCACAAGACUGCGUACUAUGGCAACAUCCACAUUGGUCAUCCAGAGCAAACCGCAACGGUAGUAUUCGACACAGGUAGUGGGAACUUGAUGGUGCCCUCCACUUUGUGCGAUGACGCUGCAUGCCUGAGGCACAAGCGUUUCGAUGCCUCUAAGUCUGCUUCAGCAGUGAACAUGCAGUCAGAUGGAUCGAAAGCCGGUGCCAACGACCAGCGCGAUCAACUCACCGUGACCUUUGGAACCGGUGAGAUCACCGGUGUUUUCUUGAAAGACGACGUUUGCAUUGGCAAUUUGUGCGCCAACAUGAACUUCAUUGGAGCUUCCCAUGAGACCGCGGAGCCCUUUGGAUCUUUUGACUUUGACGGAGUCUUGGGCCUGGCUCUCUCUGGAAUGACGCAGGGGCCACAUUUCAGCAUCAUGGAUCGAAUGGAGGCCGCAGGCAACCUGAAGCAUCCCAUCUUCGCAGUGUUCCUGUCGGACUCCGACAGUGAAGAUUCAGAGAUCACCUUCGGAGACAUCAAGCAGGAGAGGAUGGUGGGCGACAUGUUUUGGGUUCCGGUCUCCCGGCAGACAGGUUAUUGGCAGGUGCAGAUGGAAGAUAUUGCCAUCGGCAACCAGCAGCAAAAGCUCUGCUCCGACUGCCAGGUGGCUGUGGAUACCGGCACCUCCAUGCUGGCCGGGCCCAGCAGGGUGAUCCACGAGCUCACGAGGCGACUUCGAGUGGCACCAGAUUGCUCCAACUACCAGGAUCUUCCAGACCUUGGCUUCGUAGUGGCGGGCCAUGUGAUGAAUCUGAAACCCUCGGACUAUGUGGACAAGUCUGCUGGCAGCUGUUCUCCUUCCCUCAUGAGCCUGGAUGUGCCACCUCCGAAUGGCCCUCUCUUCAUCUUUGGGGAUCCCUUCCUGCGGAAGUUCUACUCCGCCUACGAUCUGCGCCGCCAGCGUGUGGGCUUUGCCGUGGCACGCCACGUGGGAGUGCCAGAAGAGAAGGCCCAGGCCUUACUGGUUUCAUUGAGCUCUGGCAAGGUCCAGAAGGCAGGUGCCUUCCUGUCGAAAUAG